CUCUGUACUGAAAUAAGUGUGAAAAUGACUUGUACUAGCAGCAAAGUAAUUGUGCCGUCAAUUGUGGUGAUCUUUCUGGCAGUGUUUUGUAAAGGGGCACCACAGUUUCGUGUAGCAGAAAACACUCCCGAAAACAUUGCCCGCUUACAGAACCUCAAACCAUGGGAGCUGGCAGAAGAGCUGAGCGGCCAGUUUGAAGGGGACAUGAUCCUUACCGAAGAGCAGUAUCGGGAGAUGCAUAGCAGAAAUGGGAUGAUCGACGAGCGCUACAGAUGGCCGCAAAACGUCGUGUUCUUCGAAAUCGAGGAAGAGUGGUUCACCCGCGAUCAGAUCCUGCACAUCAGAAUGGGAAUGAAAACAAUAGAAAGAGUGACCUGUAUCCGUUUUCAGCAACGUGACCCCGAUCAGUCUGAUUACAUCCGCAUCCACGGUGAUGGGACGGGAUGCUCAGCGACGGUGGGACACGUCGGCGGGCGUCAGAACAUUAAACUGCAACCGUAUCCGGUAGGCACCGGUUGUUUCCGUAUGGGAACUAUAGUGCACGAAAUAAUUCACGGACUGGGCUUCCGACACAUGCAAAGUACUUACAAUCGAGAUGAGUACGUAGAAAUUGUUUGGGAGAAUAUUACACCUGGCACGGAGAACAAUUUCCGACUGUACGACUCGAACGUUUUGACCAACUUUGGCACGGAAUAUGACUACGGAAGCGUGAUGCACUACAGCUCGACGGCUUUCUCAAUCAACGGAGAGAAGACUAUUGUGGCACUGCAGGAAACCGAUGAAGUUAUGGGUCAACGAGUUGGAAUGAGCGAAAAAGAUAUUCUAAAAAUUAAUCGGAUGUAUAAUUGCACCCGUCAUAAUAUAUAAUUCCUAUUAUGUGUAAAUAGGUCUACUCAAUUUGGAACUGAUGGAAUUGCAAUGAAGAAUCUUUGAAUACUCUCUAAAGAGAAUCCAAGGAGCAAUAUUAACACUAGCACAAGUGACGAUGUGAUACCGGACUGCGUU